GAUAAAGUAUGAAAUUAUGUGAAUGAACUUGAAUGUGAGUGACAGUGACACGAGUGUCUGUCGUGUCGGUAGUAACUACUCUGUGAAUAAAAACCCGCGGUGACGUUUACGUAGUGUUAAGAUAAAUAUAAGAUUAUUUUAAAUAUUUUAUAUUUUAUUAUAAUUUAUCCAAGUGCCAGUGUGUGAAUCAUUAGUUAAGUUACACAUAUUUAAUAUAUAUGAAUACUGGUUUUACUAUUACUAUUGUUAAUUGUAACAAGUAGAUGUACAUUUCUACAAUACUAUUGCAUACGUGCAUACCACAACCAUGUGCCCGCAUUAAUGAAAUAACUAUUUUAAUUUAAAUUUGUAAUUGUAAAUUAUAUCGACCAUGGAUUCGUGGAUUUUUUUAAUAUUUAUACUCGGUGUCGCAGCGUCGGUGGAAGUUCACUUCGAAAAUAAAGACGGAGGUUUUUUUCUAAAGCACACACCUCGUCAAUACUACCCCUCACGUUUGGACAACACAAUGUCCACAAGUAACACCGGACAAGGUGCAAGCGUGACAUCAUCCUCCGUACCAUCAAGUUCAAUUUUGUCAAUAGAUAAAUUUACUGUCUUCCAAACAAGUGAACCAGCAUCAGUACGUGCUACUUACGGACCUUUCAGCACAAAACAAACUGUCCCAGCGCGUUAUAUUGUUCCUGAUCCGUUAGAAACUUUACCGGGACCGGAAAGGCGUAAUGUAACAGCUUCAUCCAACGCAGCUAUGAUGGACGUCCAAGAUUUGGGUGCAAGACAUUUGGACAUGUCUGCGCACUUAGUAGGAACUAGCAUAUCACGAGAUUCUCCAGUUCUCAGAGUCCUUUUUCAUGCUGGUAGUGAAGCGGGUGGUAGACGUCAGUUGCUAGCACGUCAUCAACGUGUUUGUGUCCUACUGCAAGCAACUUUACCGGGUAAAAACCCACUGACCGCUGCAUGCAGUCCCGACGGUGAAGAUGGCGUUUGUUUGGCACAGAUAACUAUUCCCGCUGAUUGGUGGCCAUCUCUACCGCCACCAGAUUCUUCUGGACACAUUAAACUCACCAAGACACCUCCCAGACUUGUUCAAGUUGCUUAUUCUGUCUUGGAACCACGUACUGUCGUACUUACUGAUGACAUGGCCGCUGACAUUUAUGCUGGAGUCCCGAGAACUCUAUCUGCGUCAUCAGAUUCUGGGUCAUCUGGUAAUGGAGGGUGUCGACCGCGGGUGCAAAUUCAACCAGUUACGCCACUAGGAAAAAUGCCAUUGACACCAAAUCGUGCUGAUUACAAAGAAAUAAAAGCUGAUGAUUCAUUAGUACUUUUAGUACCACAUGGACCACUUUAUCCACGGUCUAGAUUGCAUGUCCCGGUGUUUCUUUAUCCGCAAAAUUCAAUGACUGUCGAUACAACUGGAGCCUCGAUUGAAGAUAAAGAUGCUUUAGCACCUCCCAUUGUUACUGUUGUUCUCAGAGCACGAGCUAAAUCAGGCGUGAGAAUAUUAGAUGCAUCUUCAAGUAGCCCUAAUUGGAUAUUAACCUCUGAUAUAAAUGGAAAAAAUACAGCUGCGACGUUUACUGUUAAACGUAGACGUGAUGAUCUUGAAAUAACGACUGAGCCAACAAAUGUCAGAUCUGCUGAGGAAAUAAUGACGAUGCUGCUGGAGGCAAGUGAGGAAGGAGAUGGUAGCAGCAGCUGGGAUGAUGGGAGAAUCAUGUGGAGUGUACGUUAUACAUUGGAAGGAGAUGAAGAGGAUCUUACUAUGCAAACACGUACCGGAUCUUCUGAACAGAUGCAAUUGCAGCGUCAACAGCAACUACAGCAACAGCAUCACCAUCAUCAUCAUCAUAUUGAGAAGAGGAAAUUCAGCGCACGAUUGGAAAUUCAGAAGGAUGAUAUUCAAGCUGUUUUACCUAUUUCUAAGAAUUGGGAAGUUAUGAAUACCGCAGUGCUAACCGGUCGUCAAGUAUCCCAAGCGAUGAAGGUUUUCAUCGUCAGCCAAGCGGGAACAGUUGCCGACGUAACACUGCAGUCAUCCUGCCACUCCGAGGAUGAAAGUGUACUCAAGGUUUCAUCAUCAUGCAGCAGCGUCUACGUAGACGGUUCUGAAAUACGAGGAUCAAGUAAUGCAUCAGUGUUAGUUAAAUAUGGUACAUAUACUGGAUUAGCACGAUUCACAGUCUGGAUGCCGGAAUUUCCGCUCGAAGUAACUGUUACUGACUCACGUCUAAGUCAAAUAAAAGGAUGGAAAGUACCAGAGGGUCAUCCAGUACAAAAAAAUAAAAGAAGCUUAAAUCAAACUGACAUAACUUCCCUUAACAUCAAUAGCAACAAUAAAAAUAACAAUAAUAAAAGACGUAGACGAAGACGAACAAGUGUCUCGGGACUAGAUACAAUGGAUAAUGAUGAUGAUGAGACUAUUAAUCAUGAUAAUGAAGACGAAGAAGAGGAAGACAACGAAGAAGAGAUUGAUGACAUUGAAGUUGAAAGAUUUCGCGAUGAUAGAUGGGACGUGGUUAAUUCAAUCGAUCGUUCAUUGCAAACUUCCACGGCAUGCCGUUUACGUUUUCAACAGAGCCCCGUCGAAGUGCAUGCACGGUUUCUGGCGGCCGGACAUGACAGCGGACGUGAGUCGUAUUUCGUUAACAGACGCACGUGGCUUAGGGUCACGGAUCUAGUUGUUGGACUAGUUCGUGUUUCGGACCCGCGUAUUGCAACUCUGCUGCAGGAUCGAAUUGUCCAGGGACGAGGGGUAGGCAGGACUGAGGUCCAAGUACUGUCGCCUAUUACUGGACGUGUCAUUGGCGCCAAAGAGAUACGCGUGGGUAAUGAUCGGGUGUCUAUUGCCCGGUUAUCCGUUAAAGUUGUAUCGGGUCUUCAAUUGACUAUUAGUCCGGAUACUGCCAUUGAGAAUGGAUAUGUCGCUGAAACAUCUGUCACUAGACGUCUAACUGCUCAGUAUCAGGAAGGACUUCUAGAUAUAGAUAUAGAAUUCUCCGAUUCAAUGAAAACUCCAUUGCGAGAAAUAGCCGUAAGUGAUUAUCAUCUGACGGUAGAGAGUUUAGACCCCGAGGUAGUGGCAUUCGCACCGAUGGUCGCAUCGCACCAUCCGCGAGUGAUAGCAGUCGGAGAAGGUCACGGAGAUCUGCUGAGAGUAACUCUGCAGUUAGCAGAGGCAUGCAGGAUGUCAGGAGCGAACUCCGGCAGGAGAGCUAAAGGAUCAAGGACAAAUAACAACGGACAAGGUGGUGCUCAAGCAUUGGCUACUGCGACGGCGAACGUUGAGGUUGAUUUUGCGUCUAGCGACCUUCCGCAUCGACCGGAAUUCGUCCAGAACGACGGUGGGGGUAUGGUUCAAGGUGGCUCCUCUCACCACCACCGCGAACGAAAAACAGGACGCGAGGUUGCUCCUGAUUUACAUGACAUACUCAUUGGUGGCGUAGGUGGUGUAGGAGUACGUCAUCACAAUGCCAGCCACAUGACACCUUUAGAAAUAGGAAUGUAUGUUCUACUAGCAGCAUUUGGAUUUGCUAUUCUCGUGUUCGUAAUUUCAUGCGUCGUAUACGCCAGUAAAUUCAAACCCCAUCAAUCGGAUUCACCAUUACCAAGCAUCCCAAUGUUAGGAGCUGUCAGAGCACGAGCUGCGGCAGCCAGCCAACAAUUGGCAUCAGCUCGUAGACCUCGUGAGUCGACGACCAAUGCACAUGAUUGGGUAUGGCUUGGUAGGGCAACACUUGAACGAGCUGCUUGUGCUCCUCAACAGGUACGAGUGACAAACAACCCACUGGCAGGUGAAGUUGACGAUGAUGUCGGUGAUUUAGGUACCAGCUUUGAUAAUCCAAAUCAUAUUGAACUCCCAACGGCCGGAAAUCGUGUCACUGUUACGCCAAUUGAUACCACUACCUACUGCAAACGUGACAGAGUACGUAAUUAUAUGCAGAAAAAUGAUACAGCUAAGACACAAAUUUUGGAUGGUCCUGUUACAUCUUCUACACGCAAUGGAAAUGAGGUAAAAGACGUUCCUCCACCAUUGCCACCUCACGGCAUCACAUCACCAGCAUCAGUUCCCGUAUCCUCAGGAGCAGGAGUAACAGACCUAGCAAAUAACAAUGAAGAUUACAAGCCGCCAGUACCACCUCAUAGAAACACUGGAGUGACAGCACGCCUGCCAGAGACACCAAAGAAACAUCAACAUCGUAAUCAUCACGCAAACCAUCGGCAUGUAAAGCACCACCAUCACCACCAUCAUCCAAAGACUCACAGCACGAAGCCCAGCACUAAUCCCGUAUCAAAGAACGAAGAGGCCCAGACUAUAGACGACGAGGAGUUUGUCGAGCUAAAAAAAGUAAACGAAGACAAACCUAAAGAAAUAAUCCCUCGCGAAAUAAAACGCGCGACAAUUGUUGGGAAUCCAAUGUUCUCGUCUAACUUAUCUAGCUCUUCCUCAUCCAGUUCGUCGUCCACAGUCUCAAAUCAAGAGUUAAAUGAAACGAUGGCUUCACUAGUAGAAACACCGGCCCUAGAUGAUCUUAAUCUUGGUAUGGAUUACAAUCAAAUCAUGCAGUAUUUUGAUAACUUAAAGGAAUCGAAUGCCUAGGUAACAGCCCGGCUGCACGAUUUAGUUGACUGGGCAAAGUCUAUUUAAUAUCCAAGACGUUAUCUGUCAGGUGCAGCCACUAAUCCUUCUUAAGAUUUUACUUUUUCCAUCUUACACACGUAUAUAUAUUAAUAUAAAUAUAUACUUGUAUUAAAUUCGUGUGUGUAUACGUGGAACAUUAAUCCUAGUCGGCUUUAA